CGCAAACUUCAGGAGCUUGACGGACUGGUGGCUGGAGGUGCAGCUGUUGGUGUACAGGGAGAAGAGCAGAGGGACUAGCCGUUCAGAAGACAUGACUACAGAAGUCAGGGGGGCGGUUUGAAAUCUGAAUUACUAAAGUAAGUAUAAAGUACAACAUUUCUCACCUACAUAGCAGCGUAGAAGUAUAUAUCAGAAAUAUUUAAGUACACACCUACAAUCUAAUUAAUCCCUGUUAAGAUAUUAACUCUGAUGUUAAAGUUAAAGUACUCAGAGUACAACAUCGUUACAUAAAAUACAGGCUGAACUGCUCGUUUACUACAAGCAGAUACAACCGAUGCAUAGAAGUACACUAGAUUAUAAUAACAGGUAGAGUAGAGGGGGGGUGCUGAGAACCACAGGGUUGGUGGUUCGAACCCUGGCUGCUCCUGGUGUGGGGUCCCUGAGCAAGACACCGAAGCCCUAACUGCUCCUGGCAGAACACUACUAGGGUCAAAUGCAAAUGAAAGUCCGCUUGGAUAACAGCAUCAGCUGAUAUGUAAUCAUGUAAUCGCCGUAAAUCAUCUGUCUGUCCUCAAACCGAACACAUUUUCACAAUAAAAUCUGUGUUUGUGUCAAGGAGCGGGCACCAAACAAGUUUCAGAGUAAAAGUCACUGUGUCAUACAGUUUAGUAAGAGCGUCCACCCCCACCCUCCAUGACAUCAUGGAGAUGAAUUAUCACUUCACCAGGAACCGUUCAUUCAGUAUCACUCAACUAUACAGCAGGAGAAAUGAAUAAAACAUCAACACCACGGUUAAACUUCUGUGUUUCUCUGUUACCUGAUCUGUUGAGCAUCCGCCCACUGCUCCACCUGAACAACAGGUAUCACUUUCUGCUUCUGGUGCAUUCAAGGGCUGUCGGGAAUCACACCUCCCAUCUCACAACUUCAGGUGUUUCUCUGGUCAGAGACAGAGUAUAAAAAGUAAAUUAAAAUAAAAAACGGACGUGUGACGAUCGACUGUGACGUGUGAUAUGAAAAUACAGAAUCCCCAUUUGCUCUGUUCAAAGCACGGGGAUGACUUCAGGGCCCUGAAGGCAGCGUUGUUUUUUACAGGGUGUUACCAAAGACAAUCUAUUGAGGAGAUAGCUCACUCUCAUAAUUGAUCUAAAUAGUUUUUGAGCGACUGAAAGAGAAACGGAUUCAUGUUAACAUCCUUCAUACAAUAUAUCAGCUCCAGAACUAUUGAACAGCCCAGAACCGAUCAAUCAAUGACGUGGUGCGUUUUAUCAACAUGGUCUUUCAAUCUCCACGUCAAAAUAAUACAAAGAAUCUUGGAACGCUGUACAGCGGUUUGCCUCGUUUAGUCUUCCGAUAGUUGGGCGGAGUGAGACCUCAUUACCUUCUGACCCAUCUGUGUAGUGGUGAGGAGGCAGGAGCAAGAAGUUCACCUGACAGUCCGGAGAAGAGCUGCUGCUGUAAACUCCUGAGCACCUGAACGCCUCUUCCCUCCGUCGCUAUUCAUAUCUUUAUUAUAUUUAAGGAUGCCGGUGCAGAUCCCGGACGACUCGGACUUCUCCUCCUUUAAGGACCAGUGUCUGAGCCUCGAUGGUUGGACCAGCCGCUACAGCAAAGGAGGAGUGACGGUGUGGUGCCGCGAGGAGGAGAGCAGGACCGUGCAGAGGCUGAAGAUGAGGAUCGUCUGUAAAGACGUUUCUGCCGAGACGCUGUACGAUGUCCUCCACGACACCAGUUACCGCAAGAAGUGGGACAGCAACAUGAUCGAGACGUAUGACAUCGGGAGGCUGACAGCCAAUGCAGAUGUGGGAUACUACUCCUGGAAGUGUCCAAGCCCGCUGAAGAACAGAGACUUUGUGACAAUGAGAUCUUGGCUUCCUCUCGGCAGCGACUACCUGAUCAUCAACUACUCCGUCAAGCAUCCGCAACACCCGCCCAAGAAGGACUACGUUCGAGCCGUGUCCCUGCAGACUGGAUACCUGAUCCAGCCUAACGGAGCUGGCUGCUCCACCCUCUACUACCUGACCCAGAUGGACCCACGAGGUUCGUUACCGAUGUGGGUGGUGAACCGUGUCUCUCAGUUUGUGGCUCCAAAGGCCAUGAGGAAGAUCUACAAGGCGUCUCUGAAGUACCCGGACUGGAAGAGGAAGCACGACCCGGGUUACAAGCCCUGGACCUUCCCGGAACAGAACCAGCUGCCCUGCGUCAGCCUCCAGGACCUGAGCCUCCAGAGGGCCGACUCCCUGGAGAACAUCGACGAGAGUGGCCUGAGCGAGGACAGGAUGCACAACAGCGAGGACGAGGAGACCUGAGGGACUCAAACGUCUUAUUUGUCUUCUGUGGUUCUACGGCCACAUGCUCGGUGUUACCCCCAUUACUGCAGAUUAAUAAAGACACCAAGUGAAACAGAGA